AUGGCGUCUACAGAUUCUCAGGACACUAGCCUACGCGGCCGCCUUGCUGCCGUGCUUCCCAGAGGCUACAAAUUCGGCAUCCAUCAUGUCUCGACACCUCCCACCAAGGUUGACGCGCUCUACUCGGCACCUCCUGGCGAACGACCCGAACGAACAUACUGCGAGAAGCACUUCCUCAGCGUUUCAAUUGACGUUCCAGACACGUUACGGAAGCGAGUCCUCGUACUCGGCAUCGAGAUCUUCAUAUACACUACGGCUCGAUCCACCACCUUGUUUGUAUCCAAGGCUGACUCUACUGGGUUUCUGGACAAAUUAAAGCUGCCAAAGGGUGCCCCCAGCCCUAUUCGAGAAGUCUGCGCGACCUUCAUACGAUACUUGGUCGACAAACGGAGGCGCAAAGAUGUGCAGUUCGUAGUCAGCCUCUUUGCACGCGCGCAAGACCAGUAUCUGUUCCCCGGAAGCAUCGAGUACCCCGGAAAGCAUGUUUUGGACGACCGUGGCCUCGUCAAGUGGUGGUGCCGGGUGCUUGACCCCAUUGUCGAGUCUCCUCCCACUGGUAAUCUUUCAACAUGGCGAAACGCCAAGGGACAUUUGCUUGUUCCUGGCCUUGAUGCCUACGAGACUCGUGCGUUUAUUCCCCGCCGUGCCGGUGCUGCAUCUAGCUGGUCGUUGAGCCACCCACUUGAGCGCAUAUCGCAUUACUAUCGAGAGUUUGACUGGGUGCCACCACGAUGCCUCAUCCCCCGGUUCCCGGACGACCCUAAAUCACGAUUUCGCGACGAGCUGGAUGACGAGAUUACAAAGACCAAGGCGAUGAAGACUACGGGGAGCUGGAAAUCAGUCAAGACUCUUGACAUGUUUUGGGAGAUGAUGGCCUUCCGACAAGAGUGUUCGAGCGGUAGGAUGACGGGGUUCAUGUGGGUCGUGUUUGAUGACUUGGAGGACGAGCCAAAGCCAGAUGGUAGUGACACUGUAUCGGUAUCUAGUGCCUCAGUCGUGACCAGUGCGUUGGGUGUCGCUCCCGAGACGCCCAGGAAGCAGAGAAUGGUGUCCAAUAUCACACCGACAACCACGCCUAGGAGACUCUUCCCGCUCAAGGCAGAUCAGAACAAAAAGUCCAAGAAGAAAAAGUCGGCAAAGACCAAGAGCAAGCUCCGAGGCCCCAUCAAGCCUCGCCAGCCACGUAUCAAGACCAAGCAGCGCAACUACCUUUUAGACCAGCCCGUAUCGACUGCGUAUUAUCACUGGCCACCCCAAGGUCGAGGCGAGAGGAUCGUUGAUGAAGCCGACUAUAAGCGAAUUCACGAGCUUCUUCUGCGCUUGGACUUUGCGACCUUGGAAAAAGCCACAGGGAGCACGCGUCGCUGGCUAAGCGAAGUUGGCCUGGGAAGCCGGUGGGGAUUUGACGUUACAGGGACACGGGAGCUUGCCGCGGCUGCUGGAGACAUGCCAGACCUAGGAGUUGCACCGGUCAAUAACCUGUCUGGGCUUGUUAAGAGGAAAAGGGCAGACACGGUGACGGAGGCAUCACAGGACGAGACGGCUAAUGGCAGUGGUGUCAAUGUGCUGAGCGGUGGGCUGGUUAGGAAAAAACCUAAGAAAGAGCAAGGGGAUGAUGUUCACGACGGCGGCGAUGUGGACGCUCCUACGGUCAAUGUGCUGGGCGCAGGACUCGUGAGAAAGAAGGAAAAGGCGUGA